UAACCAAGGUCUCCAAGUCUUCAAAGAUGAACAUUGGUACAAUGUUAAGUAUAUCCCAAAUGCCCUUAUCAUCCACAUUGGUGACCAAAUUGAGAUCCUCAGCAAUGGAAAAUACAAAAGUGUGUUGCACAGGACGACAGUGAACAAGGAAAAGGCAAGAAUGUCUUGGCCAGUUUUCCUGGAGCCACCACCUGAAUUUGAAGUUGGUCCUAUUCCCAAGCUGAUUGACGAGAAGAAUCCAGCAAAAUACAAGACCAAAAAGUACAAGGAUUUUGCUUAUUGUAAGCUAAACAAGCUUCCUCAGUAAUGAAGUAUCUGGAUUUUUAAUUGCAUUUCUAUUAAUCAAAUCUUGUAAUAAAAUCAUUUUGAGCCUGUG